GAAUCAGCUUGGAUUUUCUCUUUAAGCAGACUUCUUGACUUUUUUCUUCAACAUUUGGCCUGGACUUAUGUUUUAUCAUUUCGUGAAAUUAGCAAAACAUUUUUAAUUUCAUUAAUUAAGGUUAAGUAG